AUGCAUUCUUGGCGGUCCUUGUCGUCUCUAGGGCGUCAUCGUCAUCGUCAUCCUUUCCCUUUCCCUUCUACCACCCUUCUCCCCUCUCGUUCUUCUUCCAACAGCUCGCCUUACUCCCAUGCAGACUUCCGUGCUUUCAUGCGCCACUUCGCCCAACCCGUCGUUAUCCUUUCCAGCGGGUUUCCCAAUGGUCAGCAAGCCGCCAUGACCGCCUCUUCCUUUACCCCUGUUUCGCUUUCUCCAAAUCCCAUCGUCUCCUUCAAUCUCAAGGUCCCUUCUCGAACCGCCUCUGCCAUUCUCCAAUCUCAACGCGUCGUCGUACACCUUCUUUCUAGCUCCAUCCUUCGUCACUCUCAAUGGGCCUCCAUUCUUUCCCGACCGAAUCAUCCCACCGUCUUUCCUUCUCCAUCUUCCCUUCCACCCAACCUAACCAGUCCUCCUUCGCCCCCCGCUUUCACACACCAUACCCUCUCUCCAUCCGAAGUUUCCUUUAGCAAAGAAGGCAUCCCCCAUCUUUUGGAUAGUCUUGGUCUCUUGCAUUGCUCCAUUCUCCGCUCUAUCCCCGUCCAAGAUCAUCUCUUGUUCCUUGCUACUGUCGACCGCGUCGAGCACGGUUCCAUUCCCCUCUCCCAAUCCGGUGGCCUCGUCUAUUACAAUCGACAAUACUGUUCCGUUUCUCCCAUCCAACCUUCUUCUCCCUCUACUUCUACUUCUUGCAAGAAACAAUCGAAUCAAGACGACCGGCCUUGA